UUGGUUGGUAGAUGGGGGAAACAACAACAAGCUAGUCAUCAUGAGGGUCCCUGAAACACUGAUUUGGGCCGCUUUUCUCAUCCAAAAGGUGGUGGGAGAGUACGGCAUGGCCCAUUUCAGUGACAAGGGCAAGAGCAAAGGAAAAGAUUACUGCAUUUUCUUCAACUCCCAGUGGGCACGUCUACCUCAGGACCUCAAUAAGGCAUCACGUCUUCAGAUCUAUGACCUGACAACAUCGGUCCUGUGCUCGCCCUCUGAGGUCCCAGAGGGGGGCUUCCCAAAUCGCAUUCCCAUGGUGAUGAGAGGAAACUGCACUUUCUAUGAAAAAGUCCGACUGGCCCAGAUUAACGGCGCCAAGGGCCUUCUCAUUGUCAGCAAGGACAGACUGACACCACCAGCAGGAAACAAGACUCAGUAUGAGGAGAUUGAUAUUCCUGUAGCACUGCUCAGCUACUCUGAUAUGCUGGACAUAAGCAAGACCUUUGGUAAAGGAAGACUGGUUGCCAUGUACGCACCCAAUGAGCCGGUGCUGGACUACAACAUGGUGAUCAUCUUUUUGAUGGCAGUAGGAACAGUCGCCAUUGGAGGUUACUGGGCCGGCAGCAGAGACAGCAAGAAACGCUACAUGAAGCACAAGCGGGACGACGGUGCGGAGAAGCAGGACGAGGAGACGGUGGACGUCACCCCCAUCAUGAUCUGCGUGUUCGUGGUCAUGUGCUGCAGCAUGCUGGUGCUACUCUACUUUUUCUAUGACCGCCUGGCCAUUUGGGUCAUAGCCAUCUUCUGCGUGGCCUCCUCUGUCGGCCUCCACAGCUGUCUGUGGCCUUUUGUCAGGAGACUCCCUUUCUGCAAGUGCAGGGUCCCAGAGAACAACUUGCCGUACUUGCACAAACGGCCGCAGAUCCGCAUGCUGCUGCUGUCGGCUCUCUGCAUUGGCGUCAGCAUCACCUGGAUGGUGUUUCGCAAUGAAGACCAGUGGGCGUGGGUGUUACAGGACGCUCUGGGGAUCGCCUUCUGUCUCUACAUGCUCAAAACAGUCAGACUCCCCACGUUUAAGGCUUGCACCUUACUACUAACGGUCCUUUUCGUCUACGAUGUUUUCUUCGUAUUUAUAACGCCCUUCCUUACAAAUAGUGGGGAAAGUAUAAUGGUGGAGGUUGCGGCUGGUCCCUCUGACUCCUCCACACAUGAAAAGCUUCCCAUGGUGCUCAAAGUGCCACGGUUAAACUCCUCUCCCCUGGCUCUCUGCGACCGGCCCUUCUCCCUCCUGGGCUUCGGUGAUAUCUUGGUACCAGGUCUGCUGGUGGCGUACUGUCACAGGUUUGACAUUUUAACACAAUCCUCCAGGAUCUACUUUGUGGCCUGUACGAUCGCGUACGGCAUCGGCCUGCUCAUCACCUUCGUGGCCCUGGCCGUGAUGCAGAUGGGUCAGCCGGCCCUGCUCUACCUGGUGCCUUGCACUCUGCUCACCAGCCUCGCUGUAGCGCUGUGGCGCAGGGAGUUGCCCCAGUUCUGGACUGGAAGUGGAUUUGUGCCUGCCAUAGUGCUCGCACCAAUCAACUGUACACAAACUGCAGAGCCACAGAUAGAGGGGCCCUCGACUAAACCGGAGCCCCAAACCACAGAAGCCACCAAUCAGAGCGAAGACUCACCCCGGCACCCGCCUCAGGAAACGCCCCCAGCUGAGAAAGAAGAGGAUGAAAACAAAUCUGACUGAAAGGACAUCCAGUACGGCAUUUAACAUUUUAACACUUUACGUUUUAUUUGUUGUGGAAGUUUUUUUUUUCUACAUUGUGUCUUAGUCAUUGGACAUUUUGAAGUACGGACGUUUAUUUGCACUUGGUGCGAAGGGAAGAGCAGAGGAGGUCUGUGUUUUCUGAACGGCUGGCUCAGCGGGGCACCGGGAUUGGACACACAAGGUCGAGGCAUUGAAACACCCCACAGCUUCUUCUACUAACACGGUCUGUACCACCUCUAAAGGGAAUGAAAAGCCAAAUCUGGAAGCUCCACAAGCUGCUGAACACUAUAUACUCCCACUAAGCCGAGGCUCCUCACAGCCCCGAAAGGCCCGGUCACAUCAGAAUGAAAUUAUUUUUGUGGCAAAAAUCAGUUCAUUUCAAUGGAAUCCAUGAGAAUGGUUGAUUUAUUUGGGUGACGUUAUAAAAAAAAAAAAAAAAAAAAAGAAUAUGUGGAUAAAUCUAAAAUCUAUUUUGAUAAUCGCGA